CUGAAUUAAUAUAAAGUUGUUUAAUGACAUUUUAUUUGUUGGACAGCAGCGGUGGAGCGGAACGAAAAUAGUCGGGGCGGCAUUCUGGCCGGUGCGUUAUUAACAAGGGACAACGUGCUCCCUAGCCGAUCACAAACACGAAUAAAAGAUCAUGAGCAAAGACGCCCAGAUGAGGGCUGCUAUUAACCAGAAGCUGAUUGAAAUGGGCGAAAGGGAGCGGUUGAAAGAGUUACUCAGGGCAAAGCUGGUAGAAUGCGGUUGGAAGGAUCAGCUGAAGGCGCACUGCAAAGACGUGAUCCGAGAAAAAGGCCUGGACCAUGUCACAGUAGAAGAUCUUGUCAACGAAAUUACACCUAAGGGCAGAGCACUGGUUCCUGACAGCGUGAAAAAGGAGCUCCUGCAGAGAAUCCGAGCGUUUCUAGCUCAGCACGCAACCUUGUGAAAACAAUUGCUGUCCACUUUAUUUUUUAUUUUAGCGAGAUCGAUGGAUCCAUAGGUAAAAUCCAGACUGAGGUUCAUUUGUGUUGUUUUCUUUUUUUUUUUUUUAAGUUUGUUAUGCAAGCAGUUUUUGGAGAAAAUAAAAGUCAUGCCUAUUUUGGUUAUCAACGUU